CCACCCCGCCUAAACCUCGCGCUUCUUCCGCCGCCGUGUGACGCCUUCCACUGCCUCGUCUUGUGAUCAGUCUUAGCAUCUCCUGUCACGCUGUCCACCUAUUCCAUCGGCCCGACCCUUUCGCCAUCAUGCCCUCGCCAGACCCAGCUCCUCCCUCUCCCACUGCCUCUUUCUACGACAUGAGCGACGACGACGAAGCAGAAUACAGCACCAUCCGCCACUCGGCCAGUGGCCAGGGCGUGAAGCUGCUUUACUCGAAGAGCAAGGUUUACGUCCACCCCACCAAAUCUUCCAAAGAUAAUAUCCCCGGCUUCAUCGCUCUUGUCCAGCAAAAGUCUACCUCCGCCCCCGAUGCCCGCCCCAGCUCGCCCUCUUCGGUCGCCUCCUCCAACCUCCUCCUAGCCUGGGUACCUGAAUCCUCUCUCGGCGACGCACUUGACGCUUAUGUCAAAGUCGACCUUUCCGACUCGUCCUCUCCCCCCAAGCAGUCGUACCUCGUUCCUCCGCCCCCGACUACUACUAGCCAUAGCAGUGCGAUCGGCACUUACGCCUUCGCCGUCCCUGUAAGCGAGAUAUACUCACUUCUGGUGCGGCCGCCGAGCAUCGGGUGGUGGUUUGGUAGCGUCAUUAUCAACACUAGGGCCGGCGACAGCUUCCCGGCACUAUUCUUCCACGAUAGCGAGUGCCAGAGCACAAUACUGCAGCGCAAGAAGCUGGCGAAGGAGAACUUUGACCCGUUUGGAGAUAGUGGUGGCAUGUUUUGGGGCGGAGACGAGGUGCUGCGGUGGUUAAAGCGCUACGUCAACGUCGAGCGAUCAGGAGCGGACCCUAGCGCCUAUCUAAUCGAGCCAUCGGACGCAGACAAGUUGGGUUUCGGACCAAAAGCUACGACCCCACAAAAAAACAAAGACGCAGAAGCAGGGCCAUCAAAAUCACCCGCUUCGCGCGAUCGAGACGGGGGCAUGGAUCCUAUGACAAAGGCGCUGAAAGAGGCGAGAUGGAACUUUUUGGAGAAGCUCUCGCAGGUCACGACCUUUACUCGACGCACAGCUCAGGCUGUGGCGGAAAACCCAAAGGUUCCACCGCAGGUGCGACGCUUGAUGAAGAGCCCAGAAGUGGAGCGGCUGCAAGAAGAGUUUGACAGCGCUCGCAUCUAUCUCGCCCGCUGGGCCAUGGGGAUUGCUGAGCAGGGCGAAAAGGAGCGUAAACAGCGCAUCUGGACGGCCAAGGAUGUUCUAGAGUUGGAAGAAAGCGAAGUGGGCGAGUUUGAGAUCCUAGACAUGGAGGCGGCCAAUAUGGGCCUAGGCGACAAGAGAAAGCCAGUCACGAUGGAGGAAUGGAAAGGCUGGUUUGAUCCCCACAGUGGUCAGCUGCACGUCACGCCGGACGAGGCCAAAGAGAGGAUUUUUCAUGGCGGACUGGAUCCAAAUGACGGUGUGAGGAAAGAGGCAUGGUUGUUCCUUCUGGGCGUGUAUACUUGGGAUAGCUCUGAAGAGGAGCGCCACGCCAGCCUGAACAGCUUGAGGGACGAGUACAUCCGAUUGAAGGGAGCGUGGUGGGAACGCAUGGUCGAAGGCAACAACACGCAAGAAGAGAGCGAGUGGUGGCGCGAACAGAGAAACCGGAUAGAGAAAGAUGUCCACCGUACGGAUCGCAACGUCCCCAUUUUCGCCGGCGAAGACACCCCACACCCGGAUCCCGACUCACCCUUUGCAGACGUGGGCACGAACGUGCAUCUCGAGCAGAUGAAAGACAUGCUUCUGACGUACAACGAGUACAACAAGGACCUCGGGUAUGUGCAGGGCAUGAGCGAUUUGCUGGCGCCCAUCUAUGCCGUCAUGCAGGAUGAUGCAAUCGCCUUUUGGGGCUUUGUUGGGUUCAUGGAGAGGAUGGAGCGCAACUUCCUGCGCGAUCAAUCCGGCAUGCGCACGCAGCUUCUAACGCUCGACCACCUGGUGCAGCUCCUUGACCCGCAGCUGUACUUGCACCUGCAAGCAUGUGACUCCACUAAUUUCUUCUUCUUCUUCCGCAUGCUGCUCGUCUGGUACAAGCGCGAAUUUGAGUGGGCCGACGUGUUGCGUCUCUGGGAGGGACUGUGGACCGACUACUACUCGGCCAAUUUCCACCUCUUUGUCGCCAUGGCCAUUCUCGAAAAGCACAAAGAUGCGCUCAUGAUGCUUCGCGGCUUCGAUGAGGUCCUCAAAUAUGUCAAUGAGCUUUCCGGUACCAUCGAGCUGGAGAGCAUCCUCAUCCGCGCAGAAGCACUCUUCCGGCGCUUCCAACGCACGGUUGAAGCCGUCGACCGCAAGAAAUCCUUCCCCGCGCCCUCGAACACGACGCUCCGGCAACGCAAAGCGUCGGCGCCGCCGACGCCCGCUGCAGCCGCUUCAUCCUCCUCCAUGGCCGACUACAACCCUAUUGCGAGCAUCGCUGCGCGUCUUCCUGACCCGAUCAGAAACCAGAUUCCGGCGCAGCUGCGCGGCGAGUCUUCGCAACAGGGUCAGACGAGCGGUGCCGAGCAAGGGAAGGGCAAGGGUAAACCGGGCGAGGCGGUUGAAGAAGAGGACAAGCCAAAGGUGAUUAGUGAUGAGUUGCGGGUGUUGACGAGUCGGAAGGUGCAGAAGCUGGAUAAGAGGGAGAUCAAACGCUGUGGAGGGGGCGUGGGACCCGGAGCUUGAGAGCCUGAAAUUGAGCUCUGUUUGUUUGUUUGCUUGCUUGCUUGCUUGCUUGGCUUCCAUGUUUUUUGGUGAAUGCGUUACGCGGGUG